CCCCUCCCGCAGUCCACCUUGUAUUAAAUCGAUCAUCCCAACUUCUAUGGGUCCGAUAUGUAUCAAGUCGUCGACGCAAAAUGGCCUGUAUGAUUAAUUCCGAUCUCUCUGCGGUGCUCAAUAACCAUAUGUGACGCAUACCCCUCUCAUGGCCGGAUCGCAAAUGAUGGAUUCCAAUGGCACCUUUACCCGGUCUUUCGAUGAAUCUCUGAUCCGCGAACUACCCCAGCUACAAAGCUUUCGCAUCGCUCCUCUCCGCCAACCUGUCUCUUCCCGCAUCCUGAGCGUCCCGUCGCCACUUGAACCGAAUGCGAGUGGGGCUCGGGAGCGAAGCUCCAUCUCCAAACCCAACAAUACAGCUGGAGUACUACCAGGCCGCAAUGACUCCUCCAGUAGGGUCACGGAGAGCGUCAACACGGCACGGGCAAAGAAGAACGAUUAUGCCGCGGAUUCCCUCUCGAGCCUGCAACUCCCUCCCAAGCCUAUAUUACCGGAAUUUGUCAACCUGCGCGCCCUGGAACGGUUUCCUUACUCCUCAUUCGACGAUGACUCCCAUGCACGGAAACGCCGACGCAUGGACGUGCAAGCGGAUUCUUUCCAAGAACAUCUGCAGCUACCCAUUCCGCAGGCACAUAAAGAACCACGUCCACCCCCGUUCGGGCCUUUUGCCAUUCUUAAUGGUCUAAAUGAGCCUCCCCCCAAUGCCGCCCUCCUCCCCCCAAUUGAAGCCGGCUCCAUAACUCAGCUUCUGACCAAACCCUCGCGUGAUGCUUCCUUUGUGGAACCUGCAUUGUUGACUACCAACACCGUUAUGGAGAGCCAAAGUGGCGAGAAGAGGGAGGGCAGGAUCCACGAGAUUCUCGAUUCCCCUGUUGGUGAGAAGGCUGUGGAUGGCGAUCAGGCUAAUGUAGAGAGUGGUCUGUUCGACGAUGCAACCCUCGGUCAGCUCGGACAUGAGAAAUGUGAUUCUCAGACGGACAAAGAGGCCCUACCUCCCGCGGAAGAGAACGUGCCGCUGUCCCCGAAGACUAGAGGUCGUUCCCGCAAGAAUCUCCGUAAAUGGACGGAGGAGGAGACGACCGCUCUGCUGCGUGGCGUGGUCAAGUGUGGGAUUGGCAAUUGGACCGCUAUUCUGGCGCAACCAGAACUCAAGUUCAACAAGCGGAGCGCUUCAAACCUAAAGGACAGAUUUCGUGUCUGCUGUCCUUGGGCGUAUCGGGCUGCCGACCCUAAUGAGGCUACAAAGAAACUUCGGGAUACCCUGGCCGAUGCACUCUCGCGGGCCGAAACAGAGGGUUCCGACGGCACCCCGGGGAAGAUCCGCCUUCCACACCCGUGGCCUGCCUCCGAGACACCUUCUGGUGGGAUUUCUGCUGGAAGCUCACAGGAGUCUCUCUCAUCUAGCAGCACCCCGACCGAAGAAACCGAGCCUAAAAUCUCGAAUUCUCAGGCCAAACAAGGCUCCGCAAAAACUGGGCCUACCCUUUCUAGCAAAUCCAAAUCCACCCUGGCAUCCCUUGGCAUCCCAGAGCCUCAUUUCACCAUGAAAUCUCGCCGCCGCUCCCGGCGUCCAUUCACGGUCGCUGAAGAUGAAGCAUUGUUGAAGGGCUAUGCGGUGCACGGUUUCCAGUGGACACUAAUCCAACAGGACAAGCGAUUGAACCUUGGUCAUCGUAGAGCCACCGAUCUGCGGGACCGGUUUAGGACCAAAUUCCCGCACGCGUACCGUGACGGUGGUUCAGUCAGUGGUAACUCAUUCAACCAGCCCGAUGAGUCUGGCUCGAAAGAUGGCAAAGACCAGGCGUCCGGUAGCAAGCGGAACGUGCAGCCGUCCAAGCAUCCUCCUAGCGGCCAAAAUGCCAAGUCAGAUAACUCUGAGCAGUCCACAUUAGGACCUAUUGAUCCUGUCCCCUCCCCUCCUGCCCCACCACAGGGGCUGCCGCUCGAGAGCUCGGCGGGAGCUCCUACGACAGCCGUUUUCCCGUUCCCGUUGGAUGAGAAUCCCGCCAAUGCACCAGUCGUGGACGCAUCUUGGGCAGAUAACACACUUGCACCAAUGGUUUGGGACGAGUUAGCCUAACUACGAAGCAAACCUUUCUACCUUCUCAUACUCUCUUAUUCUUCAUUGCUAACCGUAUCUCAGCGUAGCUGAAGGAGUAUCCCGGGUUUCCAUCUUAGGUU